AUACUACUACUAGCACCGCUUCCUCUUGUGAAAUAAAUGUGCUCAUCUGUGUGUUCCCAAGCACGGAAACAUUUUGAAAUGGGCAUUUGUUUAUACUUUCUUUUUUUAAGUAGGAAUGAUCUAGGUGAGGAUUUAAAUGACCUAGUUAUAGAUAAAACACACGUUUCACUUUCACUGAACGGCUUGUAUAAAAUAUUAAUUAAGAAUUAGAUUUAAUCUGCUUCAAAAUUGUUGGAAAACAAUUAUCUGCACCCUGUACAAACUUUGUACAACAAUUGUGUAAUUGUGUAUCUGUUGAAUCAAAGUGUAUAUUUUUUGCAAUUGUUUAAUUAACCAAAUGAAUGUUAUUUUCAGUUAAAAGAUGUUUUCGACCUUGUUUCCAACAGGAGUUUCGACACAACUCGGCAUGUGCUCGUUGUUUUCCGUAAUCCCUCUUCCUGUCCAGUCGUAGAGGUUGUCAGGGGCAACUAAAAGAGACGCUUUACGCUUACGGUGUUGGUUACAUGGCCACACUGUAAGUUACGGUCGGUGUUUUAAACCGUUUCUGGUUUCUGAAAACUCAACUCGGCCUUCGAGUGAAGGAGACGACGGUGAUAGAGCAGCACCGAGGACAUGGCGGUGUAUUUUGACCACCGCAUUGAGGCUCCUGAAAGCAGUGCUGUGCCCUCUCACUUGACCUGGCACCCGGCUCUUCCUGUCCUCGCUGUGGCCUCAAGCAGCCCCACUACUGGAGGCAAUGUAGACCUCUAUCUGCAGCAGGGUGAACAUGUGGAGAGCUGCCACGUCCAACGUCCACACCAGCCCACGGUGCUGCGCUGGCAUCCCACGAAGCCGGUGUUGGCGCUGGGCUGGGAGAACGGAGAGGUCACGCUGCUGACUCACCCAUCAGGAGAUCAAACCGUGCUGCCGAGCGUACACGCAGCCUGCAUUACACUGCUGGAGUGGAGCAGCUUUGGCAGCCGCUUAGUGACCGGGGAUCAGGCUGGAGCUCUGGCCGUAUGGAAGGUCGACGCCAGAGGAAGAUUUCAAGGAAACCAUCUCGUAAAGCACGAAUACCACAAACCUUUAACCUGCUGCAUCUUCAGACCUGUCUCGCCUGGGGUUGAUGUAGCAAUGUUAGCGCGAUUGUCAGUGAGUGGAGACGAAAAUGCCCUGGACAUGUUCAGCUGGAAGGGAGCGCCGCUCAAGAUCGGCCCACAAGAGGGACUGGGGUUUUACGUCAGCACUAUUGACGGUACGGUCCACAGUGUGGAUGAGCAUUGUAAGACCAGCACACUUCUCAGUGUCGAGGGUGCAAUCAAGAAACUGUUCUACCUCCAUAAGAAAGAGGCGCUCGCUGUGAUCACAGACACUCUGACGCUAUCGCAGUACACCCUGAGACCUGAGGGAGGAGCCCAGGAAUUAAUGAAGGUGAAGUUGAGCAGCAAGACUGGACAGAAUGUGGACAUCGUGUGGACAGAUCACAGUCUUCUCGUCACAGCGACGGGCGAACACAUCAUCAGGCUGUGGGACCUGGAGCGAGAUGAAAACUACGUGUUGUCCCUGGACGAAACGCUGGGGUUCGAGAAGGGAGAGCUGAUCAACUGUGUGUCAUACUGUGCAGGAAAAGAAGUCCUGUCAGCCGGCACGAGCCGUGGACGUAUAGCUGUGUGGAGGACGGUGGCUCAGCCGAGCAGCAGCAGAGGAGACACCGGCGUCCAGUGGAAACUACAGACGCCCACAGAAAUACAGGGAAACGUCACUCAGUUACAGUGGGGCUCCAGCCUGAAUCUCUUGGCCGCCAACAACUCAAACACGGUGCUCAUCCUGUGCGAGCAUGUGAUGUCGGCGCACUUCAGCCAGCAGCUGGCGGCGGUGCAACUCACCCCGACCCAGCUCAGCAUCAGUCAGUUCACCACGGACACACACCUGGCUCUGCAGGCUGACAUACACAUCAAGGGAGUGUGUGUGACUAAGGACUCGGUGACGGUGUGGAGCGGCAAGCAGGUCGUCGUCUACGAGCUUUCAGGGACAGCGCUGCGCCACACAGGAUCGUUUCCAUGUGACUCUCACGUCGUGGCUGCACACGACGAGAACCUCUACACUGUUGAACCUAACCGGGUACAGAUCCGCACUCCACAGGGCACCGUGAAGCAACUGUUGACUUUCUCCAAGGCAGAGGGAAACCCCGUGCUGCUGAGUGUGUGCCAGGCGUACCUGGUGGUCGGCACAGACACGGCACACAUCAGAGUCUUUGACCUCUCGCGCAGAGAUGCCAAAGCUCACUGCAGCACUAAGAAUCUGGCGGACCAGAUUGCCAAUCUGGGUGCACUGAGGUCAGUCAAGUGUAACGCCAACGGCAGCCAAGUCAGCAUCUUAAUCUCUCAGGUUAAUGGGCGACCGGACCAGAAAGUGUACUUCUAUGACGUAGAAAUGGACACGGUGACGCACUUUGACUUCUUCACUGGCAGACCAUCGAGUGGUCUGUCACAUCUCGAAGACAGUGAAAGGCAGCUGUUCCAGGGGACGGAGCUCAGCGGCCGCUGCCCCGUGUCCCAUUACUGGGAUGAGAGUGAACCUCGUCUGUUUGUGUGUGAAACAGUGCCAGUCGGCUCUGAAUCAACAUCGUCCAGCUCUGUGGAUAUGGUGGACGUGUCUGUGGUGACACUCUUCUGUACACAGGAGCAUGGGCUGCUCCUUCAGGACUGCUAUCCCAAGCCCGCAGGCCUGCAGGCCUUCCUCGCUCUAGAUGUGCCCUACUAUUAUUUCAGCUGCAAGCCUGGUGAGCGGGAACCAGAGGUUGCAGCACCUCAGCGUCAGACGCAGCCGCCGAAGGGAGGAUCGGCGUCGUUCCCUCACAUGGUGUCCAGGAGAGCUCUCAGGGACUUUGUGGGCCUGGAGAACUGUGAGAAGGCCACGCGCGACGCCAUGCUCAACUUCAGCUUCUACCUCACCAUCGGAGACAUGGACGAAGCUUUCAAGUCCAUCAAGCUCAUCAAGAGCAAAGCAGUAUGGGAAAACAUGGCCCGGAUGUGUGUGAAAACCUGCCGACUGGAUGUGGCACACGUGUGCCUCGGGAAUAUGGGAAACGCCAGGGCAGCAAAAGCACUGCGGGAGGCGGAGACUGAGCCUGAGCCAGAAGCACAAGUGGCGAUGUUGGCCAUUCAGCUCGGCAUGCUGGAAGACGCUGAAAAGUUGUACAAGUCCUGUCACCGCUGCGACCUUCUGAACAGUUUCUACCAGGCCUCUGGUCAGUGGCAGAAAGCACUAGAGACGGCGGAAAUCCACGACCGCAUCCACCUGCGCACCACCUACUACAGUUACGCCAAAUACCUGGAGUCCAUCGGCAACAAGAGUCUGGCUAUUGCAUACUAUGAGAAUUCAGACACACACAGGGCUGAAGUACCCAGAAUGCUCCAGGAAGACGUGUCGUCUCUGGAGGUUUAUGUCAACAAAAUGAAAGACAAGAGCAUCUACAAGUGGUGGGCCCAGUAUUUGGAGAGCCAGUCCGACAUGGACUCAGCGCUGCAUUAUUAUGAAUGUGCUCAGGAUUAUCUCUCUCUGGUCCGAGUCCACUGCUACAUGGGCAACAUCCAGAAGGCGUCUGAGAUCGCUAAUAACACGGGCGACAGAGCGGCGUCGUACCACCUGGCCAGAAACUACGAGGGUCAUGAUGAUAUUAAACAGGCCGUCCACUUCUACACACGAGCACAGGCGUACAACAAUGCCAUCCGGCUUUGUAAGGAGAACGGUCUGGACGACCAGCUGAUGAACCUGGCUCUGCUCAGUAACCCAGAGGACAUGAUGGAGGCCGCCUGCUACUACGAAGAGAAGGGCACGCACAUGGACCGAGCCGUCGCCCUCUACCAUAAGGCUGGUUAUGUGUCCAAAGCUCUGGAGUUGGCCUUCACCACACAGCAGUUUGCUGCACUCCAGUCGAUCGCCGAGGAUCUGAACGAGAAAGCAGACCCGGCUCUCCUGGAACGCUGCUCAGACUUCUUCGUUACACAUUCAAAGUAUGAGAAGGCUGUGGAGUUACUGGUCACGGCGAAGAAGUACCCUCAAGCCCUGGAGCUGUGCGUGGCCCAGAACCUGACGAUCACAGAGGAGCUGGCCGAGAGAAUGACUGUGACCGAUUCAAAGGAUUUGUCUGAAGACGCCCGCAAGGACCUGCUGGAGAGGAUCGCUGACUGCUGCAUGCGUCAGGGCAAUUACCACCUGGCUACCAAGAAGUACACACAGGCGGGCAACAAGCCCAAGGCCAUGAGGUCACUCCUGAAGUCGGGCGACACCGAGAAAAUCAUCUUCUUUGCCAACGUUUGUCGUCAGAAGGAGCUUUUCAUCAUGGCUGCCAACUAUCUGCAGUCUCUGGACUGGCGUAAAGAUCCAGAAAUCUUGAAAACUAUCAUUAGUUUUUACACUAAAGGCAGGGCACCGGACCUGCUCGCUGGCUUCUAUGAAGCCUGUGCUCAGGUGGAGAUCGACGAUUACCAGAACUAUGAAAAGGCGUUAGACGCUCUCACCGAAGCUGCCAAGUGUCUGUCAAAGUCAAAGGACUCCUCACACGGACAGCAUGAAGUACGACUGGCUGACCUGCAGCAUAAGGUCGUCCUCAUCAAGAAGUUUGUCCAUGCACGCAGGUUGUACGCGGAGAAUCCUGGCGAGGCUGUGCAGAUAUGUGAAGCUCUGCUGGACGAGCCGGAGUUAGACCCCGCUGUCAGGAUUGGCGAUGCGUUUGGUUUCCUGGUGGAACACCACUGUCAACAAGGCAACUUCCAAUUGGCCUACAAAAAGCUGGAGGAGCUCCAGAAGCUGCUGCCAUCCCAGAACGUUAGGUACUACAUUAGCCAGGCGAGUCUCGCAGCCCUGCAGAAGAGUUUGGGCGUGUCCUUAGAGCGAGGUGACACCAGGCGCAUUGUGAAGGAGGAGGAGGAUGAAGUCGAGGAGGAUUUAGACAUGCCUUAAACAUCCGUAUAUUAUGUUUAUCUUUAAACUAAACGCAUGACAGAACCACAGUCAAGUCACAAGUCUUUUAUUUUGUGACCCUGUCAUCUCAUUAACUGCAAUACAGGUUGUUAAAGGUGGGAGCGUUCUAUGUAAGUAUGUAUAUAUACACACAUGCAUGUACAUUUGUACUUGUGUUCAAAGGAAAUAUAUGUAUAUACUGUAUAUUUAUAUCUGUAGCUAUGAAUUCUCUUUCAUUUCUAUCCACUAUAAUGAGAAAUUAUACUUUGUAAACUGCAGAAAUGUGCCUUACUUCCUUCAAGGUCAUCAGACGCCUACAUGUGACCUUGUUGUCGAUGUGCCUGUUAUGUUUACUGAUUUUCUUUUUUUUUUUCUUUUGUAUGCCUUUUGGAACAAAAAAGACAAUACACAGAUUUGUCAAGAAAUGUCUUAGAUGUAUCUUUUUAAAAAUAUUUAGCAGAUUAUACCGUAUGUAAAGUACCGUAUGUAUGUUGUUUCUUUCUUUAAGUGUGUGAAGAGGCUGCGUUUUGAAUAUGCAGGAGUGUGCUACGCUUUCUCAAACGUGUCGGGCAGCACAUGGCCUAGUGGAAAGGGAAGUUGGGGAACAUCUGAACAUGUAGAUCACUUUGACAGCAGGUGUUCUGCUGUGACGGCCGCUAGAAAGGGAGAAGCCAAAAAAUGCCUUCUCCUAUGUUUUCAACCAUUUACCCGUACAUUUUGAAGGCAUAGAAAUCCAUAAAAUCCAUAGAAGUACGCAUAUUUAUAUUCAAGGUAACUGACUGAUUUCAUUGUGGUUACCCUUUGAUUGACGUCAUCCACUCUUCCUGUCCUUCCAUGGAGGCUUUACAGAACAUUUGAAUUAAAUGACACUGCUCCUGUGCCACUUAUAAAAUGAAAGUAAAUAAAUUCACAACCACAUUUGUACACAGAAACUUCAGGGGCAAAUGUAACAUUAGCAAGAGGAAGGAAAUAUUCAGUCCUUAAUUAUUCUUGCCAGUGUUUGACUCAUGAUUUAUUUAACCUUCUUUUUAAUAGAAGGAUAGAAGGAAACCCCCUCUUUUGAACUUUUGACAAAAACAGCGAUGGAGCGCGACUCUUCGUUAGCAUGGUCUGUGUGUCCUCAUUCAACAGUUCACCUCACUCAUGACGUCAUCAACUUAUUACUUAUUGUGUUAGUGUUUUAAGAAAGCGAUGCCCCACGGUCAAGAAUGCACUUAACUGCGAUAAGUUUCCCUUAAGCUUGACACUUGAUCACCUGACCUAGCAUUAUCUACCUAGCAUUUUAAACAAGACACAUUUUACAUGUCAGUGAAUAAAGAGGCCACAUAUCUCACA